AUGAUCACCUCCCUCCUCGUCACAGCCCUCGCCGGCUCUGCUCUUGCCCUGCCGUUGCUCGAGCCGCGCGCCGUCAACCCUCCCACCGCCCUUCCCCAAAGGGCCACAGCCAACGACCUGAGGUGGCAGCCGUCGCUGGACUUUGACACAGACGGCUGCUACAACGUGCCCGCCAUCGACGCCAGCGGCAACAUCGUCCAGGGGCUGCCUCACCAGUUCGUCGGCACCUCCAGUGACUGCCACGACCUCUCAGACCUCCAAAACAAUAACGUGUACUCGCGGCAACGCUGCAACAACGGCUGGUGCAUCUACAUCUACGACUACUACUUCGAGAAGGACGUGGCCGUGCCCUACUUCAUCGACGUCGGCCACACGCACGACUGGGAGCACGUCGCCGUGUGGGUCAAGGACGGCCAGGGGGCGCAGUACGUCGGCGCGUCGCAGCACGGUAACUACGAGGUGCGCGCGGCCGCCAACGUGCGCUGGGACGGCGAGCACCCGAAGAUGGUCUACCACAAGGACGGUGCCAGCACCCACUGCUUCCGCUUCGCCUCGGCCGCCGACGAGCCCGUCGAGAACGCGCUCGGCGUGUGGUUCCGCGGCCCCCUAGUCUCGUACAACGGCUUCCCCGCCGGCAUCCGCGACCUCCUGUAUGCCCACGACUUUGGCUCCGCCAACAUCGCGCUUAAGGACUCGUCGUUCCCGGCCCAGAUCACCAGUGCCAAGCCCGCGGCUAUCGCGACGUUUGAUCCGAAUCUCGACGUCGGCUCCCCUGGCACGCCUCCAUGA